CUUUUCAGAGAAGAGCUAGCGGCCUGGAUCAGCUGUGGAGGACUUUAUAAGUUUAUUUUGCUAGCAAAUCUUUCUGAAGAAGGGUGGUGGUGCAGUCUGGUUAGAUGGGUGUGGUGCAGUGAGUCUUCCUUUUGUAGGGGGCUCUUGAUGAGCAAAGGGAGCAUGCACAGCAGGGCAGGUUCCUUGCUUUUGGAAGAAGCGAGAUUUUCAGUGUGGUGGGGUGUCGCUGCAUGCACCUGAAGCCUAGCUCCAACCGCGCUGCUUGCUAGAUCAAAGACGCCUGCUUACAGAAUUUUUGUGGCCAAAGUUGUAUUGGAGUUUUCCUUUCUGAGCACUUGAGAAACCGCACCACUCCAGCAAUUCUUACUAAACCUACUAAAACUUGAUCGGACGGUGACUUCAAGCACACUGAGCCGCAGCAGCCUAGUAUCAUUCUUGAGGGACAUACUUUGCUGUGAGCACUAAGAUCAAUUCAGUUUUUCACCCUGAUCCAGCAAAGGGGAGGGUUAGAUUAGCAACGAUUGCAAGAUUGGCUGAUAUCACGCCUGAUCAUGCCGUCCCUCUUCCCUUGGCUACCCUUGCUAAAUCCCUUGAACCCUCCCCCACUCCCAGCCUUUGCAAUGGCAGCAGUCCAAAGUUCAGGCUGCCAGGACUCAGCUGUCCAGUCGCCCCUCCACUUUGCUACCAACAUAGCAGCGAAUGCUACGCAAGCAGGGCAUGCCUUUCCAGACCUAUCCUUGCCUCAGAGCCUUGCAGCAGAAAGGCAAGCGUCCUCAGCAGGCGCGUCGACAAGUGGCAGCAUGCAUGGAGAUCAUACACAUCUGAGAUCUUCAGAUGGAAGUGCACAGAAUCUACAUCUGGAGGGCCAGUCAGCGGUGCGGGAAUUGGAAUUGAAGGAGAGAGCAAUAUCUGCAGCAGCAGCUGCGUUUCUAUCAGCUAUCAUUGUCAAUCCGCUCGAUGUUGCCAAGACACGCCUCCAAGCACAAGCGGCUGGGCGACCAGACCCCCACCCCACCUGGAACUUUAGGAACACAAAUCCAGCAAUUGAAAGUUUGCUGGCAGACCAGAACUGUCCGAGAGCUUGUCCGCGGUUGGGGAAUGCAGAGCUACCUCCACUAUGUUCCCCCAAGUGUUACUCCUACACUAGCACUUGGGACGUCAUGUACAAAGUCGUGCGCCAGGAGGGCUUCUUCCAACUCUGGCGUGGUACGGGCGCUGGCUUAGCGAUUGCCGUCCCAACGGUGGGAAUUUACAUGCCACUGUACGACAUUUUCCGGGAAAAACUAGAGCGGGAAACGCAGCUGGGGCCAUACGCGCCAUUCUUGGCGGGGGCCGCCUCCAGAUCGGUGGCCGUUCUCAUCUGCUCCCCCUUAGAGCUCGUCAGGACGAGAAUGCAGGCUCAGAAGGCGGACCGACCCGGUGUAAAGCCGAAGGGUAUAAGCGGGACGCUAUUGGAAGCCGUCCACAGCGUCCGAGAGGGUCCUGGCAGCAACGUGCUAAAGAUUAGAGCGCUUUGGGCCGGGGUAGGCGUGCAGCUAGCUCGCGAUGUGCCCUUCUCGGCCAUCUGCUGGGGUACUCUAGAACCAAUUCGACGAAAGCUUUUGGAGUACAGUGGAGGACCGGACCCGGGGCCGGCAACCAUUGUCUCCGCCAAUUUUACGGCCGGGCUGAUCGCGGGCUCGCUGGCUGGGCUGGUCACGUGCCCGUUGGACGUUGCCAAAACGCUGAGGCAGAUCGAGAUGGAUCCUGAGCAGGCGCGGAAGAUGAACACGUGGCAAACGCUGAAGCAGGUGUAUAGGCGAGAAGGCAUCCGUGGUCUUUUUACUGGUGCGGGACCAAGGAUGGGCCGUGCGGGCCCGUCUGUGGGUAUCGUGGUGUCCUUCUAUGAGGUCGUCAAGUACAUGCUGCAUCGAUCGACACAACAGGAUGGAAGCAUCCGAGGGGAGCUCGUAGAUCCUGAGUAGAUGAAUCAAAAGCUUCAACUAGGCCCCACGCAAUUGCUCGCAAAGAUCAGUAACUAAAUUGCAGUCUUGCCCAAUUGGAUAAGAAUCUGUGCAGAUGCUAGCUUGACGUUCUUGAAUCCCCUUAGUGAACCUACCUUGAGCUUCCUUAACGGAUUAAACUGUCUAAUGAGGCCGAUUAUCCUUGUUAGAAUCUUGUUCUCAACCCCCCUGAUCAUUGUAAGUGGCCCCAAUACCGAGA